UCUUCACUCUCGAAAAACCAACCUCACGUUUACCUACUGCUACUGAUACACAUGGCUGCCACUCUCUUCCUUCGGCCCAACCGCGCCGUCGCCUCCGCCGCCGCCGGUUCUUCACGUCCCCGACCUCCGGCUCGGAGGUCCGGCUCGGCCCAUGUGGCAACACUCAUCAGGACCCGCCGGUUCGGAUGGGGCUUGAGCAGCCCCUCCCGGCGAGCAUUAUUCAGGACCCGCGCAGGCUCCAGAGCGGACGACUCGGCUCCGUUCGAGAUGUCGGUGGAGAGCGCUUUGAAGCUGCUUGGGGUAUCCGAGGGGGCUUCUUUCGAUGAUAUACUGCGGGCGAAGAAUUCGAUUGUCAAAGCUUGCAAGGAUGACCAGGAGGCGAUUGCACAGGUAGAAGCUGCAUAUGACAUGUUGCUUAUGCAGAGCUUAACACAGCGACGAGCUGGAAAAGUAGUGAACAGUGGCAUCCGUUAUGCUGAUGUCAAACCUGUAAAUGCUUCUGGGUUGGGAUCAAUGCCUCAGUGGUUGCAGACUACGGUUAAGAGUUCACCUGUUUCUGUUGAAACACCAUCUGCUGGCAACUUGGGCAUACAAGCAGGUGUUUAUGGAGCUUUAAUGGGAUUAACUUACAUCAAUGGAGCUUCCACGUCUUCUGUAGGGCCAUAUGCUGGAGCUGAUGUUCCUGGAUUGAUCUUGGCAACUAGUUUUGGAGCAUCUUUAUACUUCAUGACCAAAAAGAAUGUUAAACUGGGGAAGGCAACUGUUAUAACUCUAGGGGGUCUUGUUGCUGGUGCUGUGGUGGGAUCAGCAGUUGAGAGCUGGUUGCAGGUUGACAUUGUUCCAUUUCUUGGCAUACACGCCCCUGCUGUAGUAGUAAGCGAAUUCAUUCUGUUCUCUCAGUUCUUGGUCUCCCUCUACCUAAGAUAGGAGAGAAGACUGUAAUCAUAACUAAAUUGUGAGACCUAUAAUUAUUCUUUUGCAAGAUCUUAACACGCUAUGUUAGGACCCUGUAUCAGCACAUAUUGUACAAAUAGAAUGUAGUGGAACUUGAAUCAUUUAAAGAUUUUAUACUUUUGCAGCUCC